UCGAAUAUAACGGUCACAAUACGAAAAGGCUAGCGGUGAAACAAAAGGAAAACGAAUAACAACAACAACGAUAUAAAACAGAAAAAAAUCUAAAUCUGAAAAAUAGAGUUGUCGAAAAAAAAGAAACGUGAAAAAUUGUGGCUUUUGGAAAAAAAGAAUUACGCAAAAAAUAGUAACUCGACAGCAUAGCGGUUGUGGUGUUAAAUAAAAAAAAAUAGAAAUAAUAAAAAUAUUACAAAAUAUAUAUCCAAAAUUAUCCUUUUGCUGCCACUGGGUGUUAAAAGUAUUGAAGCCAAGAAAAACAAGUGCAUAAUAAUCAUUGAAAUUAUUUUCAAAUUUGUUUGUUGUCAUUUUUGUUGUUGUGUUUUUUCUUUCAUUCAUUUUGCCAAAAAUAUUUCAAACAUAACCCAAAAAUAAUUAUAAAAUAAUAAAUUUACAAUAAAAAAUCAAAUCCAACGUCAUCAGGAAGUCAAGCAGCCCAACAAAAUUCAUUUCGCCUUGUUUUGUCCACUCAAUAAUGGAAUCAGCAUGUCCAACUCCGUAGUUACAUUGUCUUCAUUUAAUCUAUUGUUUCUCACACAAGUGCUAACCGUAUUGACAUCAACUAUAAAAUACAACGAAUACGUGACCGAUAAAGGCGAAAAUAUUUCAAUACCAUGUAUUGCUGAUGGUAACAUCAUGUGGGUCAAAGAGAAUGGCAGCAAUAAUAAUACAAUAAUACAGACCGGCAAAUACUUAAUCCUUCGAAAUGUCUCAGCCUCCGAUCGUGGUAUCUAUGUGUGUUUUGCCGCUGUAACACCACGGAAAAGCAUUGCCACCCCCACCACCAACAUCGCCACAAAUCAAUCAUCAGCCAGUGAUAAUGUUCUGCCAUCCCAUGAGGAAUCCACAGACGCAGAAAAAGAAAGUCAAGAUGAAAAAACCGGUGAGACAAAAAAUGCGACAACUGUCGAAGUUGCCACUGGCGACGAAAAGCCUUCUGUAGAAAAUAAUAUUGAAAAUAUAAAAACAAAAAAUGCUUCAACUACCUCAAUGCUUCCAAUGCCUAAGGAUGCUACAAGCCGUGCCAGCAGCAGCCACGUAGCAUCUAUACCAACAACAGAAACAGCUUCACCGCCAGCCUCCGCUUCAGCCAGCAAUAAAACAAUGCCAGCAACAAGUAGCAGUUCAAGUAAUGUCAGCACCAGCCAUCAGAAUACCACCACAACCACAAAUGCCACCAGUAGCAGCAUCAGCGACAGUCACAACACUUCCAGCAACCACAACAACACCAGCAACAACAGCAGUAGUAGUAGUAAUUAUGCCAACAACAGCAGUAGUCCCAGUCCAAGUGAGGAAAUCCUUAUAACUACCACCACUCUGCUGCCACCAUCCCAUGGACACAAUGGGGUAAAACAAAAGCAGGCAAAAGAAUCCGAUGAUGAUGCCAAUGACGACGACGAUGAGGAUGAGGAUGUUGUGCAGGAAUUUCAGGCAUUUCAAAAAAUCAACCUUACCGUUCGUACCCCACCGGGGCCCGUUUCCCAGCUGUAUUUUAAGGCCUCAACCAUUUUGGGUUUCCUCGUGUGGCGUUUUAAUAAAACCAAUUCCGGUGGAUAUCCGGUGCGUAGCUUUACAGCGGAAUUCCGUAAUGUUUCGUAUGAUACACCGCCGUACAAUAGUAGCUUUGAGCAUCAAUGGAGUCGGAUGGAUCCCAUUAAUAUUGCACCGAAUGUGCGGCAAAUGGAAGUGUAUCGCCUGGAACCCAACACCACAUAUGAGUUUCGCAUGUGGGCCAACAAUCACUUGGGCAGCGGUGAAGUUGUAACAACGAAUGUCACAACAUUGCCGGAAACCAAAGAAGAAGAUUUAAUACGCCUUAUACAACCCGAUUUAGAUAAUUUCGAUCCACGUAUCUGGAUUGUUGCCGUCAGUAUAGUACUUGGAACAUUUGUGAUAUUAGCUAUUGGAUUAUGUAUAGUUCUGACCAGAGAGUGCUAUCAAUCAUCUCAAGCGGAGAUAGAAUUUGCACUGAAAGCGGUUUAAGUCGAUGCCAUCGACUUGAAGGUAGUGUUCAAUAGACGAAGAAAUCGAAGAUUGACCAAAAAUUAUCGAUAAUUUCGACAAACUACAAAUUUUAUUUAUUAAUUUAUUAACUUUUUUUCUUCGACAAGCACUAGAAAUAAGAUAGAGAAAAUGAAACACAAUGAAUCGUUUCGGUUUGAUGCUUUAUAAAGGAUUUGAUUUUGAAUUACUAAAUCGCGUGGAUUUCAACUGUCAAUUCAAUUGCGAAUAUGUCAAAUGAGAUCGACAAUGGAAUGGACAGUUGAAAUCCACAAAUAAUUUAUAUGUGGGUAAGGCACAUGGUAGAAGAAUUCAGGUAAUCGCAUCAUCACAGCUGCUAGGAAAAUUAACUGCCAAAACAAAUUUUGAAUAUGAAAAUUUUUAAUGAAAAAUUAUUCAAAUUUGUUAAAAAAAUUGCAUAUUAUUACCACCUCCGAUUGGUGUCGUAUAAGAAAUCUGCUUAUUAAAAAAAAAACAUUUUAACAAAUUUGACAUAUCAAUGUUCCCAAAUGUUGAUGCACCUACCUGUAUUCUUCUACCAUUGUACGGCGUUUAAACCAUGGCAGAAGAAUACAGGUAGAUGCAUCAACGCUUGGGAGCAUUGAUAUAUCAAAAAAUUGUAAAUGUUUUUCAAAUAUAAGUUGAUUUUUAUAUGUUUUCUUAUACGACGCAAAUCGGAGGUUGAUAUAAUAUAUAUUUUUCAACAAUUUUUACAAACUUAAAUUAUUUUUCAUUAAACAUUUUCAAUGUCAAAAUCAGUUUGACAGUUCAUUGUCCCAGCAGCUGUGUCGAUGCGACUACCCGUAUUCUUCUACCAUGGGAUUUAUGAAUACGAUUUACGUGCCGUAUACCCUAUGGAAUUUACAUUUGAAAUCGAAUAAAUUUAGCAGUCUAAAUACUCUCUAACAACAUGGUAGAAGAAUACAGGUAGUCGCAUUGGAACAACUACUGGGACAAUCAACUGUCAAACCAAUUUUGGAAUUGAAAUUUUUUAAAUGAAAUAUUCAAAUUUUUAAAAAUGUUUAAAAAAAUGCAUAUCAUAACGAUCUCCGAUUGAUGUCUUAGAGCAAAAAUAUAUAAAUCUACGUAUAUCUACUUAUUUUUGAAGAAACAUUUAAAAACUUUUGACAUAUCAGUGCUCCCAAACAUUGAUGCAUCUACCUGUAUUCUUCUACGAUAAAUCACAAUAUUUGACAAUUCACAUUUAAGUUAAAUUUAUUGUAAAUAGUUAAUUAUCGCUGUAAGCUUGGAGUACUCCCUGUCCUAAGGGUCAAUUAGACAGAAUGUUUUUUGCAUGUGUAACAUCCAAUUUUCCAUACGUAACAGUUGCACAUAUCGUACAAUACGUUGACACCAUUUCGGUCAUGAAAUAAAGGAGUAAACUCCAUAUGUACAUUUUCGAUCGUGCGUACCCUGCUUUCAUCGAAAAAAAUGUAAUUUUUAUCAAAAGUUAAACGAAGAUAUAUGAAAUAACAUUUGUGGCAAAAAUUCGUAAAAUCAUCAAAAUACCGGAUAUCGGGAGGUUUCGUAUAUGGAGUCUUACGAAGACGAGGACCUGCACCGACCAUUUUCUGUCUUAGGCUGUAGCAUGGUAGAAGAAUAUAGGUAGACGCAUUGACACAGCUGCUGGGACAAUGAACUGUCAAACCAAUUUUGGAAUUGAAAAUGUUGAAUGAAAAAUUAUUUAAAUUUGCAAAAAUUGUUGAAAAACACGAAUUAUAAUAACCUCCGAAUGACGUCGUAUAAGAAAACAUAUUAAAAUCUACUUAUAUUUUAAAGAACAUUUACAUUUUUUGACAUAUUAAUGCUCCCAAGCGUUGAUGCAUCUACCUGUAUUCUUCUGUCAUGGGCUGUAGUAUCCAUUGCGAACAUGGCAGAAGAAUACAGGUAGAUGCAUCAACGCUUGGGAGCAUUGAUAUGUCAAAAAAUUUUAAAUGUUUUUUCAAAUAUAAGUAGAUUUUUAUAUGUUUUCUUAUACGAGGUCAUUCGGAGGUUAUAAUAAUUCUUGUUUUUCAACAAUUUUUACAAAUUUAAAUAAUUUUUCUUUCAACAUUUUCAAUUCCAAAAUUGGUUUGACAGUUCAUUGUCCCAGCAGCUGUGUCGAUGCGUCUACCUAUAUUCUUCUACCAUGAUUGCGAACUUCAAAUUCCAAAUUUGAAACAAUUCCGCUAAAUAAUGUCUCUAAAACAUCAAAAUACCGAAUAUCGGGAGGUAUCGUUUUAUGAGGGCUAUACGAAGACGUGGACCUGCACAGACAAUUUUCUGUCAUAGCGAGCUUCAAAUAUCAAAUCUGCAACCAUUCCGGUUAAUAGCGUUUUUCAACCUACCUCAUUUUGUUCGAAAGCUAGAGUGAAGCCAUAGACGGGCAGACGGACGGACAUCGCUAAAUCGACAUAGAAUUUUAUGCUGAUCAAGUAGAUAUAUGCUUUGUGGGGUCUAAAAUAUGUAUAUUUCGAGGUGUUACAAACGGAAUGAUAAACUAAAUAUACCCUCCAUACUAUGGUGGAGGGUUAUGUUUACAUCAUGGUGGAAGAAUACAGGUAGACGCAUCGACACAGCUGCUGGGACAAUGAACUGUCAAAUUGGAAUUGAAUUUGAAAUUGGAAAUUUUGAAUGAAAAAUUAUUAAAAUUUGUAAAACGUGUUGAUUAUAUAUUAACCUCCGAUUGACGUCGUAUAGGAAAACAUAUAAAAACCUACUUAUAUUUGAAAAAAUAAAAAUAUUUUAAAAUUUUUGAUAUAUCAACGCUUAAGAACAGUGAUAUGUCAAAAAUUAUUAAUUUUUUUUU